ACAGCACAUACAAGUCACGGGUUUGUAUUUACUUUUCAAAGGAAAUUGUAAUGACUGGUGUUCGGGAAACUCAUUGUAGGCUUUGCCUUAAAAUUAUAGCCGAUAAAAGUUUCGAAGUGAUAAACAACGUUAUCAGGGAUAUUCUUGAUGUUCUUUUGCUGAAACUGAAAUUGGAUGAUGUGACCAAGGAGGUUAUAUGUAGUGUUUGCAAAAGUAAAUUAUACGCAGCAUUAGACUUCAAGUCGGCUUGUUUGAAUACCGAUAACAUAAUUAUUCCAUAUGUGGAUUGCGAAAAAAUGUUACAGCUCGACUUAAGGGAAGUGUACAGGAAGGAAAAGAGAGACGAGUCAAUUUCAGAGAAUCAGAAAAUAUGUCGAUUGUGUAUGCAACUAGUAACAAGUGAGUUUAGGUGCAUACGUGAGGAGGAACUCGAAGCUAUUCAGAAACUGACUCCUGAAAUGAAUAUAAAUAUCAUCAUAGAUCCCGUUGUAUGUAAGGUGUGUUUGGAUUCCCUGUGCACCCACAACAGUUUCUGCAGAGAAUGUUUGGAAGUAGAGGAAAACUUUAAAGGUAGUUCUGAUGGUCAAGCCACAGAAAGUCAAGUUGGUACAUCACCAUCCAAUUUAUUCGUUAAGACUGAAAACUUGGACCGGGAAUUCGAUAUUAACGAGAUGGGAAUGUCAAUCAAAGCAGAAAUUGUGGACAUAAAAUCUGAAAACGAGGAAAGAAGCGACGAGCCGCUGGAGAGCCCCGAUAAUAAACCGUUCGAGAAGAGUGACCCUAAGGUUGCAAAAGAUGAUGGAUAUAAACGCGAGAAUAGAUCAACGAGCAAAUAUAAUAAGAAAAAAAAGCAGGAACGCAAUGAAUUGUACAGAUGUGAUAAAUGUAGUUACAAAACUGGAAGUAAGAUCCGUUUUGCAGCACACUGCGCUAGAUGUGGGAAAGAUUCGGAAGUGUACAAGUGCAAAACGUGCGUUUAUACAACUGAGCAUGAGAAAUUAUUUCAAAGGCACCAAUUUCGGCAUAAAUACCCUUCGCAGAUUCAAAUGUACAGAUGUAACGACUGCGAUUACGAAACUAAAAAAAAGAGUAAUAUCAACCAGCACCAACUGACGCAUAAAGAUGCUUCACAGGUCCAGUUAUACAAGUGUAACGAGUGCGAUUAUAAAACUAAAUACCGCUACUACUGUAUAAAACAACACCAAUUGAUGCAUAAAGAUCCAUCACAGGUUCAAAUGUACAGAUGUAACGAUUGCGAUUUCGAAACUAAAUACAGGAAUCUUAUCAGACGGCAUCAACUGAAGCAUAAAGAUCCAUCACAGGUUCAAAUGUACAGAUGUAACAAAUGCGAUUACGAAACUAAGUACAAAGAUAAUCUCAGAAAGCACCAACUGAAACAUAAAGAUUCUUCUGAGGUUCAAAUGUAUAGAUGUAACGACUGCGAUUACGAAACUAAGUACAGGAGUCAUAUCAUACGCCACCAAGUGAUACAUAAAGAUCCUUCGCAGGUCCAGUUUUUCAAGUGUAACGACUGCGAUUAUGAAACUAAAUACAGGAGUGGUAUUACAUGUCACGUGUUGACGCAUAGAAAGCCUUCUUAAAUGCCAUCGAGUAGUGUUGGCAACUGAAAUCGGUUUUUUGGAUAGUCGAUUAACCGGUUCCAGACGAUUUGGAUUUUUACGAAACCCAAAAACAGGUUAUUCGAUUCUUCAAAUAACCGAUUAUUCAAAUAGUCGAUUAUUUGAUAAUCUAUUCAUUCAAACAUCCGGAUAAUCGGAUUCUUUCUUUAUUGACAUAUUGGCUACUUAGCACGUACAUAGUAGAUACAAAAUUAGGUGGAACUAUUAAGGGAAAUACAAUUUAUUUUUAUAUGUACUUUAUCCUCGACACAGACACAGAUUGAUUAAAAAAACAAUCACCUAAACACCAAACCUGUUUAUACAGGGCGUCCCAGAAAGACCUCCCAUAAAUACAGGAGGUGAUAGUACGACAAAAAAUAAGAAUUUUUAGUCAUGAAUUAUAUGUCUAUCUCCUCUUGUUUUCUAGA